UUGGAAAGUAAACGUCAAAAAUUGAAAAAUUAAAGGUUAGAUAUGGUUUAGGUUAACUAUAAUAUAAUAAACCAUACAAAAUAUGAUAUAAAAAGAAGGUGAAACAGCAAUAAAAGGUUAAAUAAAAUCAUUUCAAUGAUUUUGAAUAUUGUGUGUUUCAACUAAACAACGAUAAAGUAGUUACUGCCGUGUAGAAUAUGCCAUGUCGUGGAUAAAUGAAAACCCCUUAACAUAUUUUCAGUCUUUCUGUAGUAAAGUUUUAAAAUGUGGCCCCAUUCCAAGACACGUCGCAAUAAUUAUGGACGGCAAUCGCCGGUUCGCUCGUAAGACAAACGUAGAGAAAAGCAUUGGUCAUUCCAAGGGCUUUGAAAAAUUAGCAGACACGUUACAAUGGUGCAGAGAAAUAGGAAUUAAUGAGGUUACAGUAUAUGCAUUUAGCAUAGAAAACUUCAAACGAAGCUCAGAAGAAGUUGAAACACUCAUGCAAUUAUCAAGGGAAAAGUUCAAAAGAUUAUUAGAAGAAAAAGAUAAAUUAAAAGAAAAUGGUGUUAGUAUUAGAGUAAUUGGAAACUUGUCUCUAUUACCAGAUGACAUUAGAAGCCUGAUUGCCAAAGCAAUUCUAAUGACACAAAACAAUAACAAAUUCUUCCUGAAUGUGGCCUUUGCCUAUACAUCACGUGAUGAAAUCACAAAUGCUAUUAAAACUGUUGUUAAUGGAGUCCACAAUGGCUUAAUUGAAAAAAAGGAUAUCGAUGAAGAGUUGCUAACAAAAUGCAUGUAUACCAGCAAAAGUCCUGAUCCUGAUUUGUAUAUCAGAACUUCAGGGGAAGUUCGCUUUAGUGAUUUUUUAUUAUGGCAAAAUUCAAAUUCUGUGCUUUGUUUUGUUGAAGUGUUAUGGCCAGAAUUCAGUUUUUGGCAUCUAUUAAAGGCAGUAUUUUAUUAUCAGCGUCACUAUAUUGGAAUUCCUGAUAAAAUGAUAUAUGUGAACGAAAAUCCAAGAAAAAAAGAUUUUCUGAAGUUUGUUGAAGAUGAAAAAAUUGCUGAAUUAAAAAUGUAUUCUAACAUUCCUAUAAAUAUUUGAAAAAUAUUCUCCUUAAUCUAUAACAAAUUGUAUUAAAAAUA